UCCGGCCGCACCGGCACCGGGCUGCCCGCGGCAGCAGCGGGGCUGGGCUGGGCUGGGCUCGGCAGCUCCGGGCUGGGGAAGGGGCGGGAGCGGCGGCGGGGGCAGCCCCGCAGCCCCGGCGGGCGGACGGAGCCGGGAGCCGCUGCGGCAGCGCCGGAGCCCCGAGCCCGCAGCAUCCUCCCCAACUCAAGAUGACGACAGCCACGCCACUGACCAAUAACACUCAGCUCUCAGUCAAUGUGACCACGAAGUCUCAAGAACACAAUCUCUAUCAAAGUUCUGGAGCAAUAGUUGCUGCCAUCGUGGUGGGGGUGAUUAUUAUUUUCACAGUGGUUCUGCUCAUCCUGAAAACAUACAACAGGCGCAUGCGAGUGAGGCAGGAGCUGGAACCCAAAGCCUCCAAGCUGGCAGUGCCACCUCCUGUGGGGCACAGCAGCCACAGCCUGGCCCAGCAGCCCUCGGUGACCUUCAUCCCUGUGGACAUCCACCUGCAGAGCAGGUAACCAGCGACUCCCUGCCGGAGAAGAGAAGGAAUUGUUAUCCCGUGGAGCUGGGACUCCUCAGCAGAGCUGCAUGGAACAGCAGGCAGCUGGGAACUGGAAAUGCAUCAACCCUGGUCUCUCGCUUUGGGAGGAAACACCGCAGGUCUGGACACUUCUCCUGUGACUGAGAUAACAGCUGGAGGGCUGGGAACCAUCAGGAUGGCAGCAAGGCCUCCUCUGGGUCUGGAUAAACCAGGAAGUGAAGAUGCCCAGGUUUUGGGGAGCUUUUGCUUCCUCAGAGACUCUGAACACUCUCUGUUCUGCUGAAGAACUGGAGGAGAAGUCUGGACAUGCCCCAGACUCAGGGUGGACCUGACUUUGUUACGAGUUACAUGGAAGAGGUUUGUGGAUUAUUUUAUACCUGAUGGGUAGCGCAGGAGGUAUCAAAAUUCUAUUUAUCUUUACUCCUAUUUCAUGUUUCUAAUCUCACACAUGUACAGGUUGAGAUAAAAAAAAGCUACUUCUUAUUUUCAAGUAUUGUUAAACUAUUUCUGUGACCUCUGUAACUAUUUCUGAAGGAACUCGGUGUCUGAGGGGCUUCACUCUCAGGUCAGGUUCAUGGCUGGAGCUGGGUUAGAAUGCUCGGUCCUACACAAAACCUGAGCUCUUUAACCGAGAAAAAGAAGCGUGGAAAUAGAAAAACCAGCUUGGACGAAGGCAGGGAGGCUCUGAGCAGCCCCAGUGUGCCACUCACCCUGCAAGGCUUUGUCCUCUGCUGCAGCCCAACUAUUUUUAGCCAUUUUUUAUCCUCAAACCCACCCCAAAGCGAGGCGGUUCUGUGAGUGUGAGCGCUGUGGGUGUGCAGCAGCGGCACAAAGGAAUUCCCAGGGACACUCACAGCCCACGGGCCGGGAGCACAGAGCAGCAUUGUCAGGCACUGACUGCCAGACUGGCUGAGAUUUUAUAUUUCAGACUUUUUCCAACAAGCUCGGAUCUCUUGAGCAGGUCAGUUGAACUGACUGGUAAUUUUUAUUGUGCAGAAACUAAAUUCAAUUACUUUGCAAUAUUCUUAUUUUGGCUGAAACUGGAGCACGGUUUGGAUUCCAAACCAAAUAUUGAGACAGCUGUUUGUGAACUUUCUGAAUCUCCUUGUAAAUAUUUCUCCUGUCCUGGUUCUUUACCUUAUUUUUUGUGGCAGGGAGGAUUGAUUUAAGAAUUCAAAAGGGACAGCAGAUGCGCAUCUAAUUUUUUUCCAAAAAAAUAUAAAAGAGCUGAUUUUCUGUUUCUA